AUGGAAUACAACCAAGACCUCCGAAAAGACCACAAACCCGUCCUCUGCUGGGGCCAUAAACACCUCCCCCAGCAAUACAACAUAACCACCUACAAGCUCAGUCCCAACCACAUCCGACCCUCCUACCACACCUUCGACGGCAAGGGCCCUUUCAAUACGUUUUGA